GCAACAGGUCUAAAUCCUGACUGUGCACGGACAUUUAAAGCUUGUGCUGGUUGAUAACCAGGGCCUGAAUAAUCUACUGAAAUCUUAUUUAGAGCAUUUUUUUUGCUGAAUUUGUAUAAACUGGAGCAAUGAUAUUUCGCACAGCAGUGGAGCAUGCUAAAAAGCAUCCUGGGCUCAUCCCCCAGUUCUUCUUCAUCUGUUUGGGAAUGGGUGCAAGUCUGUAUCUCAUCCGUUUGGCAAAAGGACCCCAUGUCACCUGGAACAAAACCAACAACCCCGAGCCAUGGAAUAAACUAGAUCCUACAUACCAGUACAAGUUUGUGGCCAUCACUACAGACUACCCAAACCUGAAGAAGGAGGGACCUGAUUUCUGAGUUUCUCACUGGCAUCCUAACAUUAAAAAAACCUGAUCUAGGGUCAGAUUCAUAAACCUAUCCUCCUCCUCCGCCUCCUCCUCACCCAAGUCUCUUAAUGCUUUCACUUCAGGUGGAAGGUGAGAGGGAUACGAGAGCAGGAUCUGUUUCUCUGUGCCUGUGUUGUGUUUGCAAAGAAGCUGAAGAUCUUGUAAAUGUGACCAGCAUCGUCAAUAUUUAAAAUGUGUAUCUGGACAUACUGACAUGAAUGCAGGAGAUAUGUAAAAGCAUGUGCUCCUCAUAUGAAUAAACUAUUUCUAGUCUGA